GAUAGGAAGGCGCAGGGCGCGCUCCGGGAAGGAGGGGCGCAGCAGCAGCUGCUGGAGGAGGAAUAGAGCAAGGUGUCUCCCCAUAGCCCCUCGCCCUGCCGGCUCCCAGGGACGCACCAGGCAGCCAAUGGCUUUGCAGAGGUGUACAGCAGAUGGCGUCCGACUGCGCUGUUCCUUCCUCCCUCUCCUCCUCUUCUUCUUCCUCCUCCUCCUCCAGUGCUGAGGAGCCCGAGUCGCCCGCGGGUUGUCAGACGCUGGAAUGGGUGGUCUCCCACUACACACCACCAUUUUUCCUCUGCUAAGGAAGCUCGGGGCUCGGCGGCUCCCACUAGCUGGGAGGGCUCAGGCCAGCAGGGAAUAGGGAACACAAGAGGCCAACAAAUCUGAAGAAUGUUUCCGAGAGCUAAUUUGGCUGUUGCAUACUGGGUAUGGAAAAGCAUGAGAAAGCUCUGUCUUUUACUUUGUCUCAUACUGCUCCUAACAACUCAUUUGGAAGGCAAAAAGGAUAAUCAAUUCAUCUGGAAGCCAGGUCCAUGGGGGAGAUGUACAGGUAACUGUGGACCCGGUGGUAUUCAAAGUCGAGGAGUGUGGUGCUUUCACCUAGAAGGUUGGACAAGUCUUCUGUCAAACUGUGAAGAGGCUGAUAAACCUGAAAAUGAGAGAAGCUGUUUUAGAGUAUGUGACUGGCAUGGUGAACUUUUUGAAUGGGAAGUGUCAGAGUGGCAGAUCUGCGUACUGGCUCCAUUUAUUCAUGGUGAAGUCAAACUCAGGACUUCUGAGUGUGUGACAGCCCAGCAUGGACUACAGCACCGGACAGUACAUUGUAUUCAAAAACUGAACCGAACUGUGGUUAUCAGUGAAAUAUGUGAAUAUUUUGCACCUCAGCCACCCACUGAACAAGCUUGCCUCAUCCCUUGUCCCCGGGAUUGUGUUGUGUCUGAGUUCUCACCAUGGUCUGUGUGCAGCCAGGGAUGUGGUAAGAAGCUGCAGCAUAGGACUAGAUCAAUCAUUUCUCCCCCACUCUAUGGAGGUUUGAUGUGUCCAAAUCUCACAGAAUCAAGAGCCUGUGAUUCUUACAUCCCCUGUCCCCUUGGGGAAGAGGAAUACAUGUUUAGCCUUAAAGUUGGACCUUGGAGUAAAUGUAAACUGCCUCAUCUUAAGGAAGUUAGUUUAAGUGGAAGAACUAUUGUGGAUUUUAGCUCUGAUUCAAAAGAACGGGUCACAUUUAAGCACCAAGGCUAUAAGCCUCACCAUCAUUCCAAGCCAUGGGAUAUAGAAAUAGGUUAUCAAACAAGACAGGUUCGGUGUUCAAGAAGUGAUGGGAAAAAUGCGAUGUUAAGCCUUUGUAUGCAAGACAAUUUCCCUUUGACCUUUCAGUCCUGUGUCAUGCCAAAGGACUGUGAAACCUCAGACUGGUCAUCCUGGAGUUACUGCUCCAAGACCUGUCAAUCAGGGGAUCUCUCCCCAGGAUUUAGGAGCAGGAGCCGGAAUGUAAAACAUAUUGCCAUAGGAGGAGGACAGGAAUGCCCUGAACUACAAGAAAAAGAAGCAUGUAAUCUAGGAGGAGAACUUCUGCAACUAUGUUCCAGGUAUUCUUGGAAGACCUCUGAAUGGAAAGAAUGCCAAGUCACUCUUCUCCUGGAGCAGCAAGAUCCCCACUGGCACACAACUGGAUCUCUCUGUGGAGGUGGGAUCCAAACCCGGGAAUUGUACUGUGCCCAGAGUACCACAGAAUCUUCAGGACAGAGGUUAAAGGAAGCGUCUAGGCCUGUGGACAAGAAAUUAUGCCCAGGACCUGCUCCUGCAACCUCUCGGAUCUGCAAUGUUCCUUGCUCCACAGAUUGCAUGGUUUCUUCCUGGUCAGCUUGGGGCCUUUGUGUUCAUGAAAACUGUCAGGAUCCUCAGGGGAAGAAAGGGUUUAGAUUGAGACAGCGGCAUAUCCUUAUGGAAUCCACAGGACCUGAUGGAAAUUGCCCACAUUUGGUGGAAUCUCUUCCUUGUGAUGAUCCAAUGUGCUAUCAAUGGCUUGUGUCAGAAGGGGUCUGCAUUCCUGAUCAUGGAAAAUGUGGCUUGGGACAUCAUAUUCUGAAAGCUGUCUGCCAGAAUGAUAGAGGAGAAGAGGUAUCAGGAAAUCUCUGUCUGGCGCCUCCUCCUCCAGAACGGAUGGCUUGUGAAAUACCAUGCCGAAUGGAUUGUGUGGUUAGUCAAUGGGCCAGUUGGUCUGCCUGUUCUCAGUCCUGCUCAAAUAAAAACACAGGGGGGAAGCAGACAAGGACCAGAACUAUACUAGCAUUGCCAGGAGAUGGUGGAAAACCAUGUCCUCCUCCUCAAGCCCUACAAGAAUAUCGUUUGUGCAAUGACCAUUCCUGUACACAUUUCUACUGGGAGACAUCGCCUUGGGGUUCCUGCUCUGAAGAUGCCUUGGUAACUGCCCUUAAUGCAACCAGUAACUGGAGUGGAGAAGCCACCUGUGGUGUGGGCAUUCAGACUCGAAAGGUUUUCUGUAUGAAAAGUCACAUGGGGCAGGCCAUGAUUAAAAGAUGUCCAGACUCCACCCGACCUGAAACAGUGCGUCCCUGUCUCCUCCCAUGCAAGAGAGACUGUAUUGUGACACCUUUCAGUGAAUGGACUCCUUGCCCUACUUCAUGCCAACAAGAAAAUGGCACAUUAAUAAAACAGUCCCGAUAUAGGAUUGUCAUUCAAGAAGCUGCUAAUGGAGGACAAGAAUGUCCAGAUACCUUGUUUGAAGAAAGAGAAUGUGAAGAUAUUACAUAUUGUCCUGUAUACCGGUGGAAGGCUCAUAAGUGGAAUUCAUGCAUUCUGGUGCCAGAGUCUGUCAGGCAGGGGAUGAUGGGCACCAGUGAAGCUUGUGGAAAGGGCUUACAAACAAGAGAUAUCACAUGCCUCUCUGAUGAUAAUCAGUCUGCAGAAAUGAUUGAUUGCCUUAAGUGGGCAGGGGACAUGCCUCCCCUUGUGCAAGAAUGUCAUGUUGCCUGCCGAGAUGACUGUAUGUUCACCCCUUGGUCAAAAUUCACCCCGUGCUCAACAGAUUGUGACACAGUGAGGACCCGCCGCCGACAGCUGACAGGGAAGAGCAGAAAGAAGGAAAAAUGCCAGAAUGCUGAAAUUUAUCCUCUUGUCGAAACUGAAGCAUGUCCCUGUGAAGCGUUCACCUCCCAGCCCCAUGGCAACUGGUCUGAGUGCAUUCUUCCAGAGAGCAAAAAAGAGGCUCAGAGAGGCCUGAGGUUGCGGGGAGAUGCUAAAACCUGUGGAAAAGGGGUGCGCCUACAAGCCAUAGUUUGCUCUGAUAAAAAUGGACGGCUUGUUGACCCAUCUUAUUGCAGCAGCUCAGGUUACAUUGAAGAAGAAUGCUUCAUCCCUUGUCCAUUUGAUUGCAAAUUAAGUGAUUGGUCUAAUUGGGGAUCUUGCAGUUCAUCCUGUGGGAUUGGAGUGAGAAUCCGAUCCAAAUGGCUAAAAGAAAAACCUUACAAUGGAGGUCGUCCAUGUCCCAAAUUGGAUCUCAAGAAUCAGGUACAUGAGGCAGUGCCGUGUUACAGUGAGUGCAAUCAGUAUUCGUGGGUUGUAGAACACUGGUCUCCAUGCAGAAUUAACAGUGAGCUAAGGGCUUUCCGCUGUGGAGAAGGAAUACAAACUAGAAAAGUCAGAUGUGUAAAUACCAUGGAUGACAGCGAAAGUGGAAGUGUGGACAGUGCUCUCUGUAAUCAGGCUGAAAUUCCAGCAGAAGCCCAGGCAUGUUCUCUACUCUGCCCCAAUGAGUGUGUCAUGUCUGAAUGGGGACAAUGGAGCAAAUGCCCACAGUCAUGUGACCCCCACUCGAUGCAAAGAAGGAGUCGGUAUCUCCUAAGACCUCCACUUAGUUCAAGGACCUGUGCUGAAGACUCACAAGUACAACCUUGUAUUCUUAAUGAAAAUUGUUUCCAAUACCAUUACAAUAUUACAGAAUGGAGCAUGUGCCAAUUGAGUGAAAAUGCUACCUGUGGACAAGGUGUCAAGACACGCCUUUUGAGCUGUGUGCGUAGUGAUGGAAAAUCAGUCAGUAUGAACUACUGUGAACAGCAAAACUUGGAAAGACCUGUGAAAAUGAGCCUUCGGUGCUUAGUGGAAUGUGCAGUGAACUGCCAGCUCUCAGAAUGGACUUCUUGGAGUGAGUGCUCCCAGACCUGUGGCCAUGGAGGUCGAAGAAGCAGGACACGGUUUAUCAUUAUACCAGCUCAAGGAGAAGGACGACCCUGCCCUGUGCAGCUUACCCAGCAGAAAACUUGCCCUGUGAAGCCCUGUUACAGCUGGGUAAUGGGCACCUGGUCAUCUUGUAUAUUGGAGGGUGGAGACUGUGGUGAUGGAGUUCAAGUUCGAAACCUCUCCUGUGUGGUCCACAAUGCUUCGGCUUCUCCCACUGCCAAACAAGUGGAAAAUACAUUAUGUGGAGAGUGGCUCCCCCAAGAGAGUGUCCUACAGCUGCCCUGCUCUGUGCCUUGCCCAGGUGAUUGUCAUUUGACAGAAUGGUCAGAAUGGAGCACUUGUGAAUUAACAUGCAUUGAUGGAAGAAGUUUUGAAAGUAUGGGCCGCCAAUCUCGAUCAAGGACAUUUGUAAUUCAGUCAUUUGAAAAUCAAGACAACUGUCCUGAACAGGUGUUAGAAACCCGCCCUUGUACAGGUGGAAAAUGCUAUCACUACACAUGGAAAGCUAGUCUUUGGAGAGACAAUGAGCGUACAGUUUGGUGCCAGCGCUCAGAUGGUAUUAACGUCACAGGGGGCUGCUCUGCUCAGUCACGACCUGCUUCAAUAAGACAAUGUAAUCCAGCCUGCAGAAAACCUUUCUCCUACUGUACGCAGGGUGGAGUCUGUGGCUGUGAGAAGGGCUAUACUGAGAUAAUGAGAUCAGAUGGUUUCUUGGAUUACUGUGUUAAAAUCCCAGGCUCAGAGGAUAAAAAAGCAGAUGUGAAAAAUAUUGCAGCAAAGAACAGACCUGUGAAUUCAAAAAUACAUGAUAUUUUCAAAGGAUGGUCUCUUCAACCACUUGAUCCAGAUGGCCGAGUUAAGCUUUGGGUUUAUGGUGUUUCUGCUGGUGGUUUUCUUCUCCUCAUUUUCCUGAUAUUUACAUCCUAUCUUGUUUGCAAGAAGCCAAAACAGCAUCAAAGCACACCUCCCCAACAGAAGCCUCUGACCUUAGCCUACGAUGGAGACUUAGACAUGUAAAAUGAAAAGGAAUCCAAAUGUAGACAUCAACUGCCUUAACUGCUUUCCCUUUUGUAGUUCUCAGACUUCUCAGUUUUUUGAGGAAUCUCUUGAUGUGAUAUACAGGGCAGAAUAUAAAUAUUGCAAACACAAUUUUGCCUCUGGUUUAUUUGGACACUGAGUCAAAGAUCUUUAGGUCUGGCCUUCUGUUUUUGUGGGGUUUUUUUGAGUUGUUGUUUUACCUCUCCCUCCCCUUCUUCAAGAGACCUGAAAAAUCCAUCACCUCCUGCCAGAAAACGGGAGGAAGUGAACCUCAUGAAACUCCCACAGACGUGGGUGAGUUUUAUCUUCAAGGCAUGAUGACAAUCCCGAGGAAAGUCCGACCAAGGCAUCUGCUGUCGAUGACGAGUUCGAUACUGCAUCCUUAUGCACUAUAUUAGUGCAGAUUCUUUAUUCUUCCCAUACAUCAACACUGAGUUUUCUAGAGUUUACAUAUUGGUUCAAAAACUUUCAAAUUGGAUCGCCUAUUUUGAUGAACAUAGAAUGAGAUACACUUUCAGAAAUUCUCUGAGUUUUUACAUGGAAAAUAAUUUAUUCUGUUUUGUAUGCUGGGUGGAAGAUCAGUACUGUCAGGUGGGUUUCGGGAGAAAAGAACUGGGUUGGCCUCAGUGCUGGACCAUUUGAAAAGACGACUAUUUCUGAAUUGAUCAUACACUGGAUGAUAGUGAUGUAAAGAUGACGUAGGUGGUUAGCUUGGUGAAUGGAUUAGAUUAUUUAAUGAUUAAACCUGUCUUUUAACUCAAACAUAGCCAUGUAGAUAUAGCAUUGGCCACACACAAUUGUAAUUCAGUUUAAUUACGACAAGCUCUGCUUUUGUAGUUUCAAUUUUCUUAUCUGAAUAUUUAUAAAUUCUUUUUUUGAAUUUAAUUCUCUGACCUCAUUUAAUAUGCAUCAAACACAAACCCUGUUUGUAGAAAGUCUUGCUUUUUUUAAAGUUUCAAUAAUAACUGAAAAAAAUUACACAUUAAAAAACUGUGGCAACCAUUUUCCAAAGUUGUUUGUAAUAGUAGAUGUUGCAAGUAAGAAAGUGCCAUCUUGUGGUAUUGACUUGUAUUUAUAACAAAUAAAACAGCUAAAGAGACUGAGAGGGUUAUUGCAGCUGUAUUAAAUUGUGUGAUCAAGAA